CUUAAGUUUACGAAUAUCUUUGCUUCUGGUGAAAAGUACAAAUAUACUCUAUCUGUGCUUGCUGUUGCCACUAAGGGAUACAAAGAUGUCAAUAUUUUGUAUGAUCUUGGUUGUCGCUUUGAACCAUCAUUUAAGCAAGCAUUUCCCAAUUUUGCUCAAGCUGGAUCACAGAUGGCCGUCUCCGUUUUCCAUGCAUACGCCCAUUCAAUGUCUUGCCAGGUCGAUUAUCAUCCACGAUUCAUAAGCGGCUUUGGACUGACAGAUGGAGAAGGACUUGAGCGUCUUUGGUCCUACCUUGGAGGAUUUGUCUCAAUGACUAGACAAAUGAGCACCAAGAGACGUCUGUUCGUUUUACAGCAUGCGAUUGGUCAUUCGAAAGCCAAGACUAUAAUCAAUAUGUGUAUGCAUGAUUUUAAAUGA